AUGCGAUCGUCGGUACAAUCAGGAGUUUUAACGCUAUUGCAUACAGCAUGUGGUGCUGGGAUAUUGGCUAUGCCAUAUGCCUUUAGGUCGUUCGGACUGCUUCCCGGUUUCUUGAUCAUCGUCUUUUGCGGAUUCAGUGCAUUGACUGGGCUCGUACUACAGAGCUAUGUAUCCAAAUAUGUUGCACCGAGGCAUGUAUCAUUCUUCGAAUUAGCGCAGAUUAGUUAUCCUGAACUUAGUAUCGUAUUUGAUUGUGCAAUUGCGGUGAAAUGCUUUGGUGUUGGGAUUUCAUACAUGGUUGUUGUAGGAGAUUUGAUGCCCCAGAUUGUUUCGACCUUUACAUCAAACCAGUGGCUGUUAGAGCGAACUUUACAGAUCACACUUUGUAUGCUUUUCAUUGUCACACCUUUGUGCUUUAUGAGAAAGUUGGAUUCAUUGAGGUAUGCCUCAAUGGUUGCAAUUUCAUCUGUGGCUUAUUUGUGUGUUCUAGUUGUAUAUCACUUCUUGUUCCCAUCCAGUGAUAUUAGACAAGCCAAGGGCAUAGUUUCGAUAGGAUUCCCAGAAAACAACUCUGCAGCGUCAAUGUUAAGCAGCUUCCCUAUAUUUGUGUUUGCUUACACUUGCCACCACAAUAUGUUCUCCAUCGUCAACGAAUUACGCGACAACUCACUAACGAACUGUGUACGUGUUGUAUUAAUUGCCAUGGGUUUAGCUGUGUCUUUGUACACUGUCAUCGGUGGAUCCGGUUAUCUCACCUUUGGUGAUAACAUCACAGGCAAUAUCGUAACCAUAUAUCCUAGGUCGGUCUCCAGCACUCUCGCCCGUAUCGCUAUUGUCCUUCUUGUCAUGCUAGCCUUCCCACUCCAAUGCCAUCCAGCAAGAGCAUCCAUCAAUAAUAUCUGGUGCUAUUUCUCAGAAUCUAAAAUAUUCUCGCCUCUCGCAAAUGAAGAAUCCGGACUCAUGAGGCAUGAGGGUAGCCCAAGAACCCCGCCCUCGAACAACGAAUUUAGCAUCUCCCCAGAUUGGUCCCCCCUGCAAACCUCUUCUCAGCCAAUCCCUACGACUACUACCAUCGAAGGAAAAAGAUUCUUCGUAAUCACUACAUCUAUACUUAUUGCAUCAUACACCCUAGCCGUUUCCGUUUCCUCCUUCGCCAGGGUCUUAGCAAUAGUCGGUGCGACUGGUUCCACCUCAAUUUCAUUUAUUUUACCAGGAAUUUUCGGCUACCACUUCGUAGGCUCCGAAUACUCUGCCAAAGACAUCCCACGAAACCUCAAGAUCUUGAAAUACCUAGCGUUUGCCCUAACAAUUUGGGGCAUUAUUGUCAUGUUCACAUGUCUCACCGCUGCUGUCUUCUUUAACCCAACCCACUAA